AUCGGGCUUAUGGCCUCAGUUGACCCCUUGGUCGGCGAUAAUGCCUUCAAACGAUGCUUCAAAAAAUUCAAAAGCCGUGUUGAUCCCCCGAACUGUUCCGAAUUACCCACUUUCAGCCAACUGGGGAGCCGUGUCCCGUCCGUUGUUCUGACCCACGGGUCGACUUUCUCCGCCUCAAACACCCUGAAACCCGCCGAAUCCUGGCCCAUUUUUCGUUGUACCCACCUGCCCGGGUUAGUUUUGAUCCGCAAUCCUUUCACCCCUCACGGCCAACUCUUUUGGGGCUUACGCUGUGCCCGUGAUUUCGCCCGUCAUCCGCCUCAACGCACGAAUUUAGAUCGGGAAGUCGAUUCGGAAGCCAAUUUUCAUUGGUUUGAAUCCGCCCAAGAUGAUCCAAGUUUAUGGCGAAAAAUGCGUUGGUCCACUCUUGGAUAUCAUCAUAAUUGGGACACUAAAGUCUACUCCGAUCAGGAUGUAUCGCCUUUUCCGCCUGAUUUGGCCGCUUUAACGGCGGAUUUGGCUCGAACGGCGGGAUUUCCCGACUUUCGAGCCGAAGCGGCCAUCGUCAACUUUUACCCCUUGGACGGCACUUUGGGUGGGCACACGGAUCAUUCCGAAGACAAUCUACAAGCCCCUUUGGUGUCCAUUUCUUUAGGUCAAAGUGCCAUAUUUUUGGUGGGUGGCACCACCAAGGACGUGGAACCCGUGCCAAUAUUACUGCAAUCGGGCGAUGUGGUCAUUAUGAGUGGUGAAGCUCGGCGGGCUUUUCACGGUAUUCCGAGAAUUGUUCGAGUGCCGCAGACGAGCCCGGAUGUAUCUUGGGCACGGCGAUUGGAUCAAGUCACCAAUCCUGAGUUCUCGGAACGGGAUCAGGAUUUUAUGCUCAAAUAUUUGGAUGCUCAUCGAAUCAACAUCAACGUCCGUCAAGUCCAUUGAGAAGUUUCAGAUGUUUCAAUUUUUGAUACACUAUGAAAGUAGAUUUUGAACUAAAAACUGAAAUGAAAAAUUAUUAUCGCUAA